AUGCCCGUAAAGAGUUUAGCUGUGUGCAAUUUUACGAGGAUACUAUAUAAAACUUGUCCUUGGUUUGUUGAAGAAGGAGAUUUAUCACAGGUUCGGUGGAGACCGGUGGGACGUGAAUUGCAAAACGCUGGAGUCAAGGAGGGAGUGAUCCGCUUGUGGUAUCUGAUAGAUACUGCUUUACGGUCAGACGAUGACCAGAUCGGGGAACUCUUAGAUGAAGGCUCUGAACUACUGGAGGAGCUCAGCGAAGACUCCCAUGAUAGUAGCGAAAAAGGAGAUAAUAUAGAGGAACAAAGGAUGGAAGCAAUUGGAGGAGCCCGACCAAAAGCAAAACAUCCACAGAUGCUGGGAUCGCUUCCACUAUACCCAGAGUUGCCCUUAAUGCCCUCCGCUCCUCCGUAUGAACCACCCCAUCAUCCUAUGUGCUGUUGCUGUUUUGCCGGCAAUGCUUCCAGCGAGAUGAGGCCCAUAGUUUUAGAGUCUGGGCCGGAGAAACAGACUAGAAGGCAAAUACUUGAAAACGAAAGUGCUCGUAAUGACAAUGAAGCCGCUUUUUUUAUAAAUACUGGGGAUUCAACUCCCCACCCACCACGGUGCCUGAAACCAAAUUGGGCAGAGUUCUUUAACCCCCAUCAGAUCUUUCCAGUGACCGAAGACCGCCAAGGAAAUCGCGGGUGGACUCUGGUCGAUUUCACAGCAUUAAAAGAGUUGCAAAAGGCAGUGACUCUCUACGGGCCACAUGGUAACUUCACCAAAGCUAUCCUAGGAACCUUAGGCACUCAGGGCCUAGUCCCUGAAGAUUGGAGAAAUGUCUGCAAGGCAGUCCUUUCAGGGGGAGAUUAUCUCUUAUGGUCAGCCGCUUAUAGGGAACUAGCUUGUACUCAGGCGGCACAAAACCGAGCUGAUGGGCAACCUGCCUGGAAUGAGGAUAUGUUAAAUGGAGAGGGAGCAUUCCAUGCAGAAGCGGUGCAAGCUCGGUGUCCCUGGGAGGUAUUACAACAAAUAAGAGAUAUAGCCUUGAGGGCCUGGAAGGUAGUGCCAAAAAAAGGGGAAGUUAAACACAGUCUGACUAAGAUAAUACAAGGACCAACAGAGCCUUAUGCAGAUUUUAUUAACCACCUUUAUGAAGCUGCAGGCAAUCUGUUUGAGUCUCCUGAAGAGGCCGCACCCUUGCUGAGACGACUGGCAUAUGAAAAUGCUAAUAAGACAUGUCGCUCCGUGCUAAGGCCUUGGCAACAUAAGUACAUCCCUACCUUUUUGAAAAUUUGCAGAGAUGUCAUGGAUGAUGUUGCCUCUGGGGCUCAUGCUGCUAUGGCAAUGGCUAAGGCCAAUAGACCUGUUACUAUGCCCACUGGAGCUAAUCCCUGGGGCCUUUAUCCAUGUCACAUUUGGCAAAUGGAUGUAAUGCAUAUCCCUGCCUUUGGCAAGCUAUCCUGUGUCUGUGUUACGGUGGAUACUUACUCAGGAGUAGUUAUGGCUACCACCGCCGCCAAAGAGUCCACCUCCCAUCCUCCCUUCUUUUGGUAUCGCUGUAAUGCUACUAAUAAUACUUGCACUACAGGAGUUAUUUCCUCAUGUGUUAAAGGAAAAUUAAGUGAAGCGGAAACACUGGUGGUUGUGCGGAUUCCUAUUUGGGUUCCUGUACCAGUUGUGGUGUCUGAGAAGGACUUCUCUAUGGCUGUUCGACACAGGAGAGACUUUGGAGUCACCAUGGUCGUCGUUGCA